AUGCUCAGUUGUCGAGGAUGGUCGUUGGACCUGAGGCAUAGGCUUCACGUCCAAUGGGAUAUCGAUGAAUUGCUGAAAGGUAAUCUUAGGAGAAGAGGCAUUCUACGGAAACGGAAGCCUGAGGCAUCUUCACCAUCAGGGCAGAAGGAGCCAAAGAAAACUCUGGGGAAAUUGCAACUGAAACGCAACGGGGCGAAUCAGGCGCACAAUUUUGGACAGGCAGGAAAGCGAACGACCGCGACCGGAUCCAGGAAUCGCAAAGAAUGUCGAAGAAAAAAGCAGGAGAGGAAAAUUAUUAGAGGAGCAAAUGCUGGUGGAGUCGAUAGCGGAUUUUUCGCCUCUUCCUAA